GUCUCUCUCACACACACACACACACACACACAAGCUAAUGCAUACUCGUACGUACGUUCUAUAUAUCCGCGUACAAAUAAUCAAUAACUCUGCUGUAGCUGUUCCAGAGUUCAGAUGGCAGCGCGGCGUAGCACAGUAACACGCGUUGAACCCGAAAUGAAGCCAAAAUAGAGAAAAUAAAAGCCUGGUGUUGACAAUGCGCAACUCUAGAGAUACGAGUGAACGUACAUAGCUUAUCGCGUUAAAAAUGUGGGCGAAACAUACAAGACACAAUAAUAAACUAGUGAUAAGAAUAAUCGUUUAUUUUCGUGAUAAUAUUGGAAGUGCAAUAUGAACGUGCAGCUUUUAGCAAUAUAUGUAUACAUUAAUUACAAUAUCUUAAGUCGACAAGGUAAAUAAUAUUAACGAUUAAAAGAACAGCCGAAGGAAAUGGAGCAACAAAAUGACUGCACGAUUCAGAGAGGACAACCAUUGCGUCGCUAUCCAAAUGAUUACAAAGCAGACGGACUCUCAUCUACCUUGAGUAAAACGAUGACGAGUCAACCGCAGUAUUCGAACACAGGAAGACCCACCGUACGCGUAGCCGUUUACUUAAUGACGGGGGUAUUCUUAACAAUGGAAGUUGAACAGAAUGCGACUGCACAGCAGAUUUUCACGGUAGUGCAGUCGGAGGCGGAGCUGGGUCUAUCGAGAUACGCUUUGGCAACCACUACGCCAAUUUUCGCACUGUGGAUGUGUUCCUCGCAGCUGGAAGUUCAACUGCGUCCAACACACAAGCCCGUGGAAUUGGCUGCAAAAUGGAAUUAUCUUGUCAACAAGUACAGCUCUCGUACGGAAGACCCCAACGACGAGGAACCGUUGCUAUAUUUUCGUAGAAAUAUAUUUCUCUCCAAGUCGGAGGAGGAACAGAUCAAGGAUACCAAGGUCCUUGAACUGCUCUAUGCAGAGGCCAAGUACAACAUUCUAGAAGGACGGUACGCGUGUGAUGGGCCCGCACGUUACGCUAGUCUAGGAGCGUUACAGGCCCGAAUCGAACUUGGGCCUUAUAACGCGCAAACCCACACCUUGGCGUUUUUCCACAGACAUCGCGGUCGAUUUUUACCGCAUCAUUACGCUUCUCCCAGUCUACUACUAGGACUGGGACUCGGAUUGGGAUUGGUGGGCGGCAAGGGAGCACCCGAGGCGCACCUUCUGGAACAAUACAAGCGAAUACCUAAUCAUAACGGUAGCGCCAACGCGAAUCCCAAGAAACUGAUUCGAAAGUAUCUCGAGUUCUGUUGGAACUUACCGUGCUACGGCGCAGCCUUCUUUCAAGGACAAAUCGAACGACCCGUCAGAGGACUCGCGUCCUGGAUCACUAAUCGCGAUAUGCAGGUUCUCAUUGCGAUCAAUACAUCGGGGGUGUACAUAGUCGACGAUAUGCAAUGCAGCUUGCUAUUAGGGCUAAAAUACUCGGAAUUAAGCUGGGAAAUGGCGAAACCCUCGGAUGAGAAUAAUCCGGAUUGUCUACCUUGCUUGUUCCUGCAAUUUCCAGUACGAGAGAACGGAGCGCGUGUCUACAAGAUUCUGCAAGUGUUCUCAAGACAAGUGCCGAUGAUGGACACUUUAAUAUCCGGCUUUGCGGAGGACUGUCGCCGUCAAUUUGUUAACAGCGACAACAAUAACGAUCACUUGGAUCAUUCGUUAGUUUUCCCCAGUGGAAGCUUCACAAAUAAACUGAGUAAAUUUACGCUGGCCACUUUUGAUGACGAAGGUCGAUGCAUUGGUCAAAUGGGGUCGUGGUCCUUUCGGUAAAUACAUUGUGAUUGUACAUUUUGUGAUGCCAAUAUAUUCCCUGAUGAUACAAAA